AUGGUAUUGUGGUUUAUGCAGCAGAAUGUUUUUGUUCCUAUGAAAUACAUGCAGAAAUACUUUGGGAUAAAGUGGCUUGCUCAUGAGAGGCUGAAGGAGAGGAAACUGGAGGCCAUGAGAGACAACAACCUGGAGCUGGUGCAGGAGAUCCUGCGGGACCUGGCACAGCUGGCUGAGCAGAGCAGUACUGCUGCCGAGCUGGCCCACAUCCUCCAGGAGCCCCACUUCCAGUCCCUCCUGGAGAUGCAUGACUCUGUGGCCUCAAAGACUUAUGAGACACCACCCCCCAGCCCUGGCCUGGACCCUACAUUCAGCAACCAGCCUGUACCUCCCGACGCCGUGUGCAUGGUGGGCAUCCGAAAGACAGCUGGAGAACAUAUGGGUGUAACGUUCCGCGUGGAGGGCGGCAAGCUGGUGAUCGCUCGCAUUCUGCAUGGGGGCGUGGUGGCUCAGCAAGGCCUGCUGCAUGUGGGUGACAUCAUCAAGGAGGUGAACGGGCAGCUAGUGGGCAGUGAUCCCCGUGCACUGCAGGAGCUCCUGCGCAAUGCCAGUGGCAGUGUCAUCCUCAAAAUCCUGCCCAGCUACCAGGAGCCCCAUCUGCCCCUCCAGGUAUUCGUGAAAUGUCACGUUGACUAUGACCUGGCCCGAGACAGCCUCAUCCCCUGCAAGGAAGCAGGCCUGCGCUUCAACACCGGGGACUUGCUCCAGAUCGUAAACCAGGACGAUGCCAACUGGUGGCAGGCAUGUCAUGUUGAAGGGGGCAGUGCUGGGCUCAUCCCCAGCCAGCUGCUGGAGGAGAAGCGGAAAGCAUUUGUCAAGAGGGACCUGGAGCUGACGUCAAACUCAGGGACCCUAUGCCGCAGCCUUUCAGGAAAGAAAAAGAAGCGAAUGAUGUAUUUGACCACCAAGAAUGCAGAGUUUGACCGUCAUGAGCUGCUCAUUUAUGAGGAGGUGACCCUCAUGGCCCCGUUCCGCCGGAAAACCCUGGUGCUGAUUGGGGCUCAGGGAGUGGGACCGCGCAGCCUGAAGAACAAGCUCAUCAUGUGGGAUCCAGAUCGCUAUGGCACCACGGUGCCCUACACCUCCCAGCGGCCCAAAGACCUAGAGCGGGAAGGUCAGGGUUACAGCUUUGUGUCCCGUGGGGAGAUGGAGGCUGACAUCCGUGCUGGGCACUAGCUGGAACAUGGCGAAUACGAGGGCAACCUGUAUGGCACACGUAUUGACUCCAUCCGGGGUGUGGUCGCUGCCGGGAAGGUGUGCGUGCUGGAUGUCAACCCCCAGGCGGUGAAGGUGGUACGAACGGCCGAGUUUGUCCCUUACGUGGUGUUCAUUGAGGCCCCAGACUUCGAGACCCUGCGGGCCAUGAACAGGGCUGUGCUGGAGAGUGGAGUGUCCACCAAGCAGCUCACG